AGGGCGUCCACGUGGCGGCCGCCCGGCUGCUCGGGGAGAAGAUCAGAAGCCGGGUCGACCUGCUGCGCGCGGAGCCCCGCGAGCACGACGCGCCGGCGCCCCCGGCGCCCUCGCCGACGAGCCGCGGCCGGCACCACAGGCGCGCGGCCUCCGACGAGCGCGGGGAGCUCCGGGAGCCGGACGGCAAGAGCCGGAACUCCCAGCUCUCGCCGCGGAGGGCAGCGUCGGGAUCAGCGUCCAUGAGCGCGUUCCAGUUCGACGCGAGCUCAGAGCAGAGGCAGCCGUCGAGCGAGUCCCCGAAGCGCCGCGGGACGGCCGCCAGCCGGCCGUCGAGCGCCCUCCAGGAGAGCGCCGGUACCAGCCUGCGGCGGUGCACGACCGUCUCGUCGGUGCAGGACUUGCGGCGCUGCGGGCAGAGCCAGCAGGAGGAGCUGGUCGUAGUCAUCGUCUGCAACGGUGAGGCCGGCCUUUCGCACGCAGCUCCCUGCUGGCGCGCGCAUUGGCUCCGCGACCCUGUCGCCGUCUUCCUCCUCACACCCCUCCUGUCUGCUUCUACUCCUUCGACAUCUGG